GAGAUAGCUAUAUAUAUGUGUGGCCGCCUCCGCAUGGAUCUCCCAGUCUUCCCAACACCAAGCAGAAGCAGCCGCCAAAGAGGAAAGAAAGAAACAGAGAGUCAAUUCGAAGCAGAGAGAGCCAGCAUGGAGGGAUUCAAUUCGGGAUUCAAUUCAGGAUUCAAUUCGGAUUCCGGCUCACCGUCGGCGGGGGAGACGUGGGACUACGAGACGGUGUCGUCGGCGCCGCCGAAGCGGCCGGCGGGGCGGACCAAAUUCAGGGAGACGCGGCACCCGGUGUACAAGGGCGUCCGGCGGCGGGGAACGGCGGGGCGGUGGGUGUGCGAGGUGCGGGAACCCAACAAGAAGUCUAGGAUCUGGCUAGGGACCUUCCCAACGGCAGAUAUGGCGGCGCGCGCCCACGACGCCGCCGCCAUGAUGCUCCGCGGCCGCGCAGCCUGCCUCAAUUUCGCCGACUCCGCCUGGCUCAUCCAGGUCCCGUCCUCCUUCUCCGGCCCGAGGGAUAUCUCCAGGGCCGCCGCGGAGGCGGCGGAGCAGUUUCGGCCCCGCGCCGCCUCCUCCUCCGCGGCCACACCUUCGCCGAAGUUUUCCACGGCCGCUACCGCGGCCUCGCGGGAAGAAGCAACUCCGACCGCCAGCGCAAUCGAUUUGAUGAACUACGAUGACAUCGAUUUAGGGUACUCUUACUACGCCAGCAUGGCGGAGGAGUUGCUGGUGGCGCCGCCGCUGCACGGCGGGAACAAUUGGGAAGACCUGGAGACGUGGGCCGAUGUGCCACUCUGGAGCUACUCUAUUUGAUGAUAUGCAAGAUCUCGCCCUGUACAUCAGCGAAUCUAAGCUACUCUAUUUGAUAUCUAAGAUGGCUGAAUUCCCAAUUCCUUCUAGUAAUUUUCUUCUCGGAGGAGGAAUGGUCUCCGCAUCAGACCAGUGCAUGUGGAUAAGGCUAUCAGUUGAUGUGGGCUCCAGCAAAUCUUCCACAUGGCUGCUGAUGGGCCCUAGCCGCCGGCUGGCCUAUCAGGUGACGGCAGCAGGAGAUAUUUUGUUGAGAGAUUUGUAUACUUAGCUCUCAGUUUUAUAUACGUGUCUAAUACACAUUUGUCUAUUGUUUAAUACACACCAUGUCCAAAUGCAAAGAUCAGUUCUUAAAA